AUGUGUUCUGCUUGUAGCAAUCGCAGCUAUCUGCUAGCGGCAACAAUAGGCGGCAGCUUCGCGCUACACAUGCUGAUCGGUCUGGCGCUGGGCCUGUCCUUCACUUAUGUCUUGAUGGCGGUUCUGUACACAGCAAUUGGAUUGGUAACGCUGCAGUUCUUCUUCGCAUACGUCAACGAAAACACAGUCAGUGCUUUAUUGCAACUUGCAAAAUAG